UGCUGACGCCACACGCCGGGGCGGAGCCGAGAGUUUGGUGCCCUGGAGUGGGGUGUCGGCGCCUUAUUCGGGUGGAGCUGAGCUGGAGACAGGCAGUCGUGCGUGCCUUCAGGACAAGAAUGUUUCACUUAAGGACUUGUGCUGCUAAGUUGAGGCCGUUGACGGCUUCCCAGACUGUGAAGACAUUUUCACAAAACAGACCAGCAGCAGCUAGGACGUUUGGGCAGAUUCGGAGCUAUACUGCCCCCGUUGCUGCAGAGCCCUUCCUCAGCGGGACUAGUUCGAACUAUGUGGAGGAAAUGUACUAUGCUUGGUUGGAAAACCCAAAAAGUGUACACAAGUCGUGGGACAUUUUUUUCCGAAACACCAAUGCCGGAGCGCCCCCGGGCACCGCCUACCAGAGCCCACUCCCCUUGAGCCCAGGCUCCCUGUCUGCCUUGGCCCGAGCACAGCCCCUGGUGGAAGCCCAGCCCAACGUGGACAAGCUGGUGGAGGAUCACCUGGCGGUGCAGUCUCUCAUCAGGGCCUACCAGAUACGAGGGCACCAUGUAGCACAGCUGGACCCCCUGGGAAUUUUGGAUGCUGAUCUGGACUCCUCCGUGCCCGCUGAUAUUAUCUCAUCCACAGACAAACUUGAUCUUGCAGUUUUCAAGGAACGACUUCGAAUGCUAACAGUAGGAGGGUUCUACGGCCUGGACGAGUCUGACCUGGACAAGGUCUUCCACCUGCCCACCACCACGUUCAUCGGGGGCCAGGAGUCGGCGCUUCCUCUGCGGGAGAUCAUCCGGCGGCUGGAGAUGGCCUACUGUCAGCACAUUGGAGUGGAGUUCAUGUUCAUCAACGACCUGGAGCAGUGCCAGUGGAUCCGGCAGAAAUUUGAGACGCCCGGAAUCAUGCAGUUCACCAAUGAGGAGAAGCGGACCCUGCUGGCCAGGCUUGUGCGGUCCACCAGGUUUGAGGAGUUUCUACAGCGGAAGUGGUCGUCCGAGAAGCGCUUUGGACUGGAAGGCUGCGAGGUGCUGAUCCCUGCCCUGAAGACCAUCAUCGACAAGUCCAGUGAGAACGGAGUGGACUAUGUGAUCAUGGGAAUGCCCCACAGGGGGCGGCUGAACGUGCUUGCGAAUGUCAUCAGGAAGGAGCUGGAGCAGAUAUUCUGUCAGUUCGAUUCAAAGCUGGAGGCAGCUGAUGAGGGUUCUGGGGACGUGAAAUACCACCUGGGCAUGUAUCACCGGCGGAUCAACCGUGUGACUGACAGGAACAUCACCUUGUCGCUGGUGGCAAACCCUUCCCACCUCGAGGCUGCCGACCCCGUGGUGAUGGGCAAGACCAAAGCCGAGCAGUUUUACUGUGGGGACACAGAAGGGAAGAAGGUCAUGUCCAUCCUUCUGCACGGGGAUGCUGCAUUUGCUGGCCAGGGCAUCGUGUACGAGACCUUCCACCUGAGCGACCUGCCUUCCUACACAACUCACGGCACCGUCCACGUGGUCGUCAACAACCAGAUCGGCUUCACUACAGACCCACGCAUGGCGCGCUCCUCACCCUACCCCACCGAUGUGGCCCGAGUCGUGAAUGCCCCUAUUUUCCAUGUGAAUUCGGAUGACCCAGAGGCCGUCAUGUACGUGUGCAAGGUGGCAGCCGAGUGGAGGAGCACCUUCCACAAGGACGUGGUGGUGGACCUGGUGUGUUACCGGCGCAAUGGCCACAAUGAGAUGGACGAGCCCAUGUUCACGCAGCCACUCAUGUACAAGCAGAUCCGCAAGCAGAAGCCUGUGCUGCAGAAGUACGCAGAGCUGCUGGUAUCACAGGGCGUGGUCAACCAGCCCGAGUACGAGGAGGAGAUCUCCAAGUAUGACAGGAUCUGUGAGGAGGCCUUUGCCAGAUCCAAGGAUGAGAAGAUCUUGCACAUCAAGCACUGGCUGGACUCCCCCUGGCCUGGUUUCUUCACCCUGGAUGGGCAGCCCAGGAGCAUGUCCUGCCCCUCCACGGGCCUGACGGAGGAUGUUCUGACGCACAUUGGGAACGUGGCCAGCUCUGUGCCCGUGGAGAACUUCACCAUUCAUGGAGGGCUGAGCCGGAUCUUAAAAACCCGCGGGGAGCUGGUGAAGAACAGGACCGUGGACUGGGCUCUGGCAGAAUACAUGGCCUUCGGCUCCCUCCUGAAGGAGGGCAUCCAUAUCCGGCUGAGCGGCCAGGAUGUGGAGCGGGGCACUUUCAGCCAUCGCCACCACGUGCUCCACGACCAGAACGUGGACAAGAGAACCUGCAUCCCCAUGAACCACCUCUGGCCCAACCAGGCCCCCUACACCGUGUGCAACAGCUCGCUGUCUGAGUAUGGGGUUCUGGGCUUUGAGCUGGGUUUUGCCAUGGCCAGUCCUAACGCCCUGGUGCUCUGGGAGGCUCAGUUUGGUGACUUCCACAACACAGCCCAGUGCAUCAUCGACCAGUUCAUCUGCCCAGGACAAGCCAAGUGGGUGCGGCAGAACGGCAUUGUCCUGCUGCUGCCCCACGGCAUGGAGGGCAUGGGCCCAGAACAUUCCUCCGCCAGGCCUGAGCGGUUCCUGCAGAUGUGCAAUGAUGACCCAGACGUCCUGCCGAACCUUGAGGAAGCCAAUUUUGACAUAAACCAGCUUUAUGAUUGCAACUGGGUCGUUGUCAACUGCUCCACCCCUGGCAACUUCUUCCACGUGCUGCGUCGCCAGAUUCUCCUGCCCUUCCGGAAGCCGUUAAUCAUCUUCACCCCCAAAUCCCUGCUGCGGCACCCCGAGGCCAGAACCAGCUUCGACGAGAUGCUUCCAGGAACCCACUUCCAGCGAGUGAUCCCAGAGGACGGCCCUGCAGCCCAGAACCCAGAAGACGUCAAGCGACUUCUCCUCUGUACUGGCAAGGUGUACUAUGACCUCACCCGAGAGCGCAAAGCGCGAAGCAUGGUGGAGCAGGUGGCCAUCACGAGGAUUGAGCAGCUGUCGCCAUUCCCCUUCGACCUCCUGCUGCAAGAGGUGCAGAAGUAUCCCAGUGCUGAGCUGGCCUGGUGCCAGGAGGAGCACAAGAACCAGGGUUACUAUGACUACGUGAAGCCCCGGCUGCGGACCACCAUGAACCGCGCCAAGCCCGUGUGGUAUGCUGGCCGGGACCCAGCAGCAGCUCCAGCCACCGGCAAUAAGAAAACUCACCUCACGGAGCUGCAGCGCCUCCUGGACACGGCCUUCGACCUGGACGCCUUCAAGAAAUUCUCGUAGAUGCUGCCUGGGCCACUGCCCUCCACAUCCACGACUGCCCCUCGCUUUUCAACUAAAGAAUAGUGCCUCAGCGCUGCCCACACUUUUGCCCAUCCACUGCACCGCACACUCCCCCCAUCGCUCGCUUAGGAAUUAGGCUGCCGUCCCCCUCACGUGCUUGGCUGCGCCCCAAGCCAGAUGCUCCCCAGGCUCUGUGACUUCUCUCCGGCUGAGCAGGCUUCAUGGAGGCAGUGGGAAGUGGGAGGAGGAGAGGGAGCCUGGGAGGGUCAGCUCUGCCUCCACCCCCAGAUUCACUCCGCAGGACCGGCCUCUGUGGCUUUCCCACAUGCUGGCAGUCUUUGUCACCCAGCAAAGGGGCUCCUGCACCUGGGCUAGGUGGCUUCGUCUUCCCAAACCCUUUGGAGGAGCCAUUGCUGUCAGAGGCUUAUAGGGUGGUCGGGGCUCUGGUGGGACCCUCAUGGCAGGGUGACCUGAGGGCACUGCUGAGGGGCGGCUGGUGGGAGACGACCUGAGCCUGAGUUGGCAGAGAGAGGGCAGGUCCACUUUCUGCAGUGUCCACUUCCGCCCCUCAAGAGGGUCCCGGGCUGUGCUUGGGGGCCGAGCAUGCUCCACCUGCCAGCACCUGGAGCCCACAGGGUGUGUGUGGCCAGGAAGCGCAGCUCGGGAUCUGGGACCUGCUCUCUGUCGCCUCCACCUCUGCCUCCCCGCUCAGCCCACUUCUCUCUCCUGUUUCUCGUGAACACGAUAGAGACUGAAGCAUUCUUCUCUCUGCUGUGCCAAAGCUGAUCAGAAGAGGGAGAGGGGGGGCGCCAUUGAGGGGCAGCGCGAGGCCGAGGGGCCAGCUCCCCUCACCGUCACAGGGACAGAUCUGAUUUAUUUAUUUUGGUUAAAAAAAAACAACAAAAACAACUUUGCGUUGCAUUUGGCUUGACCCAUAAACUAAGUUAUCCACGG